GUCGACGCGAAAGCGUUAAUUAGCGCGCUCAAGCAGAAGUACUUUGAAUUUGUUCGUUCGAUACCAUUUAGGAUGUGACGUAAGAAAAGAAGCUUUGCACUUAUGCACCAGCAAUAUGUAGCGAUAUUUAACUUGAUUGCUAGGUGUCUGGUGCAACGCGCAUAGGACGGUGCAGUUUCAAAGAAGGCGUACUAAUUUUAUGUAAUUUAUCUUUGUAUAAAAAGGCUGAAGAAAAGACAUACAGCUAGAACUGGCCUUUUUCCUGUUAGUGCCCCCCUAAACGAAGCACCUGAGCAGGUACUGUUUACUAGCAGUCGUCUGUGCGAUCAAGCGAGACAAACAUGUUUACAAAACUUUUUUUUUUCAUCUCCAGUUGCUUCUAUGCGUGUAUGAACAUGCACCUGCGGAUAUCUCUAGUGACGAGUGCGCAGCUGAAGAAAUUCUUAGUGAGGAUUGCAAUAACAAAACGUGUGAGGUUGGCACAAUGACAUCCUUUGAUUGCAGUGAAGCUCUGAGUUAUCCUUGCAUUUUUCUGUCUACUACCGAUGGCAGCAUAGCUUCAACCCAAAUCUCCAGCAAGUUUGUGUCAUCGCAGUCAACUCAGUGUGAAGCUGCGUUAACACACAACACAUCUUCAGGCCCAGACCACCGUUCAGUUUACUUUGCUGGAGUGCAAACAGUGCUGAGCAAUGAAGAUGCCAUGCAAAGUCUAUGCUCAGUGUCGUUCACAGUGUUCUCAAUGCUACUUAGUAUUUUAUGUAAUACAAGAAGUGUUUAUGAAAUGAGCAAAGCCGAUCGACUAACUCUGUUUCUCAUGAAGCUGAAGACUGGAAUUACAUACACAGCAUUGGGUGCUUUGUUUGGUGUGCACCGUAGAACAGCUGCUAGGUGCUUCCUUAGCGUUUUGAAUGAAUUGUACGCAAGAACUCGCACUUGGAUAGAAUGGCAUCACAGAAGCGAUGUGCUGUCUACAAUGCCCAAUUGCUUUAAGCUGCAUUAUCCAAAGUGCAGAGUUGUGAUCGACUGCACUGAGAUUAAAGUAGAACGGCCUGCAUUAGUUGAAACACAGAACCUGAUGUAUUCAUCCUACAAAGGGACAUUCACCGCAAAAUUCCUUAUUGGAAUUGCUCCAAAUGGUGCCGUAAUGUUUCUCUCAAAGGCAUAUGGAGGAAGGGCCACGGAUGCCUUCAUAACUGUCGACUCAGGUCUAUUUUCCUUGCUAGAGCCAGGUGAUGUUGUUCUUGCAGAUAAAGGUUUUCCUGGAGUGCGUGUUGACAUGGCAGAAGCAAAUGCUGUGCUAGUAAUGCCACCAUUUUCAACCGGAGCAAACUUCACACGAGAAGAAAUGGCUGAAACUUACAAUAUAGCAAGUGUUCGAAUCCAUGUAGAGCGGAUGAUUCAGCGGAUAAAAACUUUCAAUAUUCUUAACAUCCGACUUCCAGUUGAGCUGCAUGACCACAUUGACCAAAUUAUGCAUGUUAUCUGUGUUCUAGCCAACUUGCAAAAUAGUAUUUUCAAAUGUGCUUGACUAUUUGUUCAUUGUGACUUUUUGGGUCAGUGUCACAGUCAGUCGCUUUAUACAUUUUCAGCACAAACAAAGUGAUGUAGAUUUUAUACCUUGUAUCAUAUGCCAGCUUUAUUGCAGCUUGCCUUGAUUACUUACCUCUCACAAGAAUCAUACAUAUUGCUUUCACGAUUCAUGACUAGUGACGGCAACAUUUUCUUAUGCUGUUAUCUGUAUGCUUGCACAAUUGGGAAGUAGUAUUAUCAAACG